AUGAUUGAAACGAAAAUAUUACUUUUAGGUGACGGCGGAGUUGGAAAGACUUCAAUUGCGAUUCGUUUUAUUUGUGAUAGAUUUAUAGAAGUUUACGAUCCUACAAAUGACGACCCAUACACAAAACGUGUAACAGUCGACGAUGAAACUUAUUCAUUGGAAUUAAUUGACGUUGCUGGAUCCGAAGAGUAUGCUGUGUAUAGAAAUGAUAAGAUUUGUAUAAGCGACGGGUUUCUUGUUGUAUAUUCUAUAACGGAUUCAUCUUCUUUUGAUAAUAUAAAAUAUUUUAUUGAAACAAUCUACAGAAUUUUAGAUAAAGAAUUGUGUGAAGAUAUUCCCAUAGUAUUGUAUGGUAAUAAAUGCGAUUUGGAAUUAAAUAGAGAUAUCACAACAGAAGAAGGAAAAACGCUUGCUGAAAAAUUGAACGUUUUAUUUUUCGAAGGGUCUGCAAAAAAUAAUAUCAACAUUGAAGAAGUUAUUUAUGACCUUUUGAGAGAAAUAUAUAAACAGAAAACUGAAAUUAAAAACAAGACUAAGUCACAAAAUGAUAUACAUUUGAACACUAAAAAUAAGCCAUGUAUUAUGUGUUGA